CGAGGAUGUGGAAUCUCCUUCAAGACACCGACUCCUCCGUUAACGCUUGGCGCCGCCCGAGCAGGCUCUGCGCUGGGGCGCUGGUGCUGGCCGGCGGCCUGUUUGGCCUCGGCUUCCUCUUCGGGUGGUUUAUAAAAUCCUCCAAUGAAUCUAUCAUUGUUCCACAGCAAAAUAUGAAAAAGGUAUUUUUGGAUGAAUUGAAAGCUGGGAACAUCAAGAAGUUCUUAUUUAAUUUUACACAGAUACCACAUUUAGCAGGAACGGAACAAAACUUCCAGCUUGCAAAGCAAAUUCAAUCCGAAUGGAAAGAAUUUGGCCUGGAUUCUGUUGAGUUAGCCCAUUACGAUGUCCUGUUGUCCUAUCCCAAUAAGACUAAUCCCAACUACAUCUCAAUAAUUGAUGAAGAUGGAAAUGAGCUUUUCAACACAUCAUUAUUUGAACCACCUCCUCCUGGAUAUGAAAAUAUUUCAGAUGUUGUGCCACCUUUCAGUGCUUUCUCUCCACAAGGAAUGCCAGAGGGUGAUCUAGUGUAUGUUAAUUAUGCACGAGCUAAAGACUUCUUUAAACUGGAGCAGGACAUGAAAAUCAAUUGCUCUGGGAAGAUUGUCAUCGCCAGAUAUGGGAAAAUUUUCAGAGGAAAUAAGGUUAAAAAUGCCCAGCAAGCCGGUGCCAAAGGAGUCAUCCUGUACUCAGACCCAGCUGACUAUUUUGUUCCCGGGGUUAAGUCCUAUCCAAAUGGUUGGAAUCUUCCUGGAGGUGGUGUCCAGCGUGGAAAUGUCUUAAAUCUUAAUGGUGCAGGAGACCCUCUCACACCAGGUUAUCCAGCAAAUGAAUAUGCUUAUAGACGUGAAAUUGCAGAGGCUGUUGGUCUUCCGAGUAUUCCUGUCCACCCAAUUGGAUACUAUGAUGCACAGAAGUUCCUAGAAAAAAUGGGUGGAACAGCACCACCAGAUAACAGCUGGAAAGGAGGUCUCAAAGUGCCCUACAAUGUUGGACCUGGCUUUAUUGGAGACUUUUCUACGCAAAAAGUCAAGAUGCAUAUCCAGUCAAACAGUGAAGUGACAAGGAUUUACAAUGUGAUUGGAACUCUCAGAGGAGCAGUGGAACCAGACAGAUAUGUCAUUCUUGGAGGUCACCGUGACUCUUGGGUUUUUGGUGGCAUUGACCCUCAGAGUGGAGCAGCUGUUGUUCAUGAAAUUGUGAGGAGUUUUGGAGAGCUGAAAAAGAAAGGAUGGAGACCGAGAAGAACAAUUAUGUUUGCAAGCUGGGAUGCUGAAGAAUUUGGUCUCCUUGGUUCUACUGAGUGGGCAGAGGAUAAUUCUAGACUCCUUCAAGAACGUGGCGUGGCCUAUAUUAAUUCUGAUUCUUCGAUAGAAGGAAACUACACUCUGCGAGUUGACUGUACACCACUGAUGUUCAACUUGGUAUACAACCUAGCAAAAGAGCUGAAAAGCCCUGAUGAAGGCUUUGAAGGCAAAUCUCUUUAUGAGAGCUGGAAAGAAAAAAGUCCUUCGCCUGACUUCAGUGGCAUGCCCAGGAUUAGCAAAUUGGGAUCUGGUAAUGAUUUUGAAGUUUUCUUCCAAAGACUUGGCAUUGCUUCAGGCCGAACACGUUACACUAAAAAUUGGACAACAAGCAAAUUCAGUAACUAUCCACUGUAUCACAGUGUCUACGAAACAUAUGAAUUGGUGGAGAAAUUUUAUGAUCCAACAUUUAAAUAUCACCUCACUGUGGCCCAGGUUCGAGGCGGGAUAGUGUUUGAACUAGCCAACUCCAUGGUGCUCCCAUUUGACUGUCGAAAGUAUGCUGUAGUUUUACGAAAUUAUGCUGACAAGAUCUACAAUAUUUCAAUGAAACAUUCACAAGAAAUGAAAACAUACAAUGUAUCAUUUGAUUCACUUUUUACUGCAGUGAAGAAUUUUACAGAAAUUGCUUCUAAGUUCCAUAAGAGACUCCAAGACUUGGACACAAGCAACCCAAUGCUAAUGAGAAUUAUGAAUGAUCAACUAAUGUUUCUGGAAAGAGCAUUUAUUGAUCCUUUAGGGUUACCAGACAGGCCUUUCUACAGGCAUGUCAUCUAUGCUCCAAGCAGCAACAACAAGUAUGCAGGGGAGUCAUUCCCAGGAAUUUAUGAUGCUCUGUUUGUUAUUGAAAGCAAAGCGGACCCUUCCAAGGCCUGGGGAGAAGUGAAGAGACAGAUUGCUAUUGCAGCUUUCACAGUACAGGCUGCAGCAGGGACUCUUAGAGAAGUAGCCUGAGAGGGUUCGUUUGAGAACCCAUACUGAGUUGAUGAAUUACUCUGAAAGAAUCAUCCUGGGCAUACUGAUAGACUAAAAAAAAAAUUGGUUAUAUGUAUAUUACAUUAAUAUAU